GGGGUGGCGUCGGCUUCGCCGUCGGUCAUGUUCCCCUUCGGACCCAGCAGCCCCGUCGGGGUUGAUGCGGAGGAGCUAGCCAGAGACGACCUGGGCUUCGUAAGCCGAGUCGAGGGUCGGCCGCACGAGGGGAACGGAGCGGCGGCGGCCGGGCCUGCCUCUUCUCCUUCCUCGCCGCAGCCCGCCGACCCCUCCUCCAGCCCCCCCCGCGACCCCCGCGAGCCUCGCGACCCCCGAGAUCCUCGCACGCCCUUGCGGACCCUGCCCACCAGCCCGGUGACGGCGGGGACCUCGUCGGCGGCGGCGGCCGCGGCGGCCGCGCGCGCUGGGGAGCUCGCGGCCGGGGCCAAGGGCGAGCCGAGCCCCCAAUCCCCGCGCGCCGCCGUAGUCCACCCUUCCCCCCCUGACUCCCCCACAGCCAACUCCACAGCCGCCGCCGUUGCAGCUUGCCCUUCCGCCUACACCUUCUUCACCAGCCGGCUCAACGCCGGCGCCUCCCACUCCCCCUCCCCGUCCCCCGAGCCCAGGCGUGGGGGGGCCGGGCCGACCGGGCGCCCCAUCGGCAUCCCACUCUUCCGUUGGCUGAAGAGCCGCACCCUGGGCCGGGGGCUGUACGUGGACCCGGCCCGGGACAACUUCCGAACGAUGACCAGCUUGUACAGCUCCAUCCACCCGGCAGACUCGGUGUACCUCAGCACCCGCACCCACGGCGCAGUCUUCAACCUGGAGUACUCUCCCGACGGGUCAGUGUUGACAGUUGCUUGUGAACAGACUGAAGUUCUCCUUUUUGACCCUGUAUCUUCAAAGCACAUAAAAACGCUCUCUGAAGCUCAUGAGGACUGUGUAAAUAAUAUCAGGUUUCUGGAUAAUAGACUGUUUGCCACCUGCUCUGAUGACACUACAAUAGCCCUUUGGGAUCUGAGAAAAUUAAAUUCAAAAGUAUGUACUUUACAUGGUCAUACUAGCUGGGUGAAGAACAUUGAAUAUGACACUAACACAAGACUCUUAGUUACAUCAGGAUUCGAUGGAAAUGUCAUCAUUUGGGACACUAACAGGUGCACAGAAGAUGGAUGCCCACACAAGAAAUUCUUUCAUACACGUUUUCUGAUGCGGAUGAGGUUAACACCAGACUGUUCAAAAAUGCUGAUUUCAACCUCUUCUGGUUAUCUCCUGAUUUUACAUGAUCUUGACUUAACAAAAUCUCUAGAGGUUGGAAGCUAUCCAAUCUUGAGGGCAAGAAGAACUACAUCAAGUUCAGAUAUGGCUACUUCUCCAAGUUCAUCUGCUCCUAGACCUUCUGGUUCACCUUGUCAUCAAAGUGAUUCUAGUUCCUUAUCUGAGAAAAAUGUGUCACGUUCCUCUCAACGAGAAGGUGUGUCACCUCGUAAUAGUCUCGAGGUUUUAACUCCAGAAGUUCCUGGUGAGAGGGACCGUGGUAACUGCAUUACAUCCCUGCAGCUACAUCCUAAAGGGUGGGCUACCCUUCUUCGCUGUUCUAGUAACACAGAUGAUCAGGAGUGGACCUGUGUCUAUGAAUUUCAAGAAGGGGCUCCAGUACGACCCGUCUCACCUCGUUGUUCUCUAAGAUUGACUCAUUAUAUUGAGGAAGCUAAUGUAGGCAGGGGGUACAUCAAAGAACUUUGUUUCAGCCCUGAUGGUCGAAUGAUUUCUUCCCCACAUGGCUAUGGGAUCCGCUUGUUGGGAUUUGACACCCAGUGCAAUGAACUUGUUGACUGUCUGCCCCAAGAAGCUAGUCCCUUGCAGGAGAUUCGUUCUCUCUACUCUCACAAUGAUGUGGUUCUGACAACCAAGUUCUCUCCCACACAUUGUCAGAUUGCCUCAGGGUGCCUUAGCGGACGUGUUUCUUUGUAUCAGCCAAAGUUUUAGGCACAACUGACAUCAAAAAAGGAACUCUUCUGGUGUUCAACUUUUCGAUUACUUCAGUUUAGGUGAAGUAUUUCUUUAUAGAUCUUGUGUGUGUGGUUCAAGAUCCUUUUUCCUAGGGGUCCAUGAACAUCCCAACAAUGACAUAGGAGUACUCAGUCCGGCACUGGAUGUUUGAUACUGCAGUUCUCAGUCAGACUCUAUGCAUUGUCUUUCCUCUUCAGCAUUCCUCUGCUCCUGCUGAUCCUGUGCCAUUGUUUCUCUGGUUGUGUUGCACAGUAGCUCUCGUCAGGGUUUUUCUUUGGGUGUGACUCUUUGUAGACUUUGGGCAGGAUUUUUGUUUGGGGUAGAAGGAAACUGGUCCUCGUACUAAAUAAACCUAGAAGUUUGAUGUUGGCAUAUUGGUUAUUACAAGUGAACCUUUAUCUUGUCCCUUCGUUUGACCCUUUUAAAAUGCCAUUUAUUUCACUACAGAGACCAGAUAAUGAACUUGUUCUCAUAUGUAUUAGCAUAGGUUUUACCACAAUGAUCUUUGAAGUUUAUUAAAACUGCUAUAAUAGUUUUCACAACAUGAGGGAUUUUGUUUAUUGUAAAAUACUAGAAAAAUGUUGCCAUGUCUUUGUAAUUUGUUUCCUUUGUGUGAAGUUAAAUUGCUAGUUUCCUUACUGUGUAUACUUUGUUUUUAUUGACAGCUCUGAGAAGUAAAGAAAGGGACUUUUCUUUUUCCUGUGGUGCAAAAAAGGUUCUGCUGGCUUAGCAGAAUGCAUUUGUUGAGUGAUGGGAGAAGCAUCAUUUAGACACUUUUGUCAUCUUCUUUGCUGCAAUCUAUAUAGUGUAGUACAAACUGUUAUACUACCUGGGGCAAAUCAGUGAGUCAAGAUGCCCUCUCUUACUCUGCUUUCUUCCCUUAUUCCCAUUGGGAAAAAAUGUGUGUAAGAAUACCGAGUUCUUUGAGGACUCUUAAUUUGUUUCAUUGGUGUUAUAUUUGUUAGUUGAGAACUCCAGCACUAUUUCUAAGCUAAUUGCCUAGUUAUGACAUUAUUGAUAUUGUGACUGUAUUUAAUGAAAUUUAACAUAAGAGCACAUACUGGAUAGAUUUCAUAUUUAAACCAGGGCUGGAAAUCUUUUUUUUUUUUUAAUUUUAUCAUGGGCCUGAAAAUCAUUGGCCUACAAGCAAACAAUCAAGGGCCAUUCUCAAGAAAUGACAAUUAUUCACAGGUUGCCAUGCCAAUGCAACAUUCUCCCACCAACUCUUAUUGCUAAGUAACUAUCAUUGGUACUUGCAUGUAUUAAAAUAUUACUUUUGUAGAUCUAUAUUUGUAGGAUAUUUGUGAAGAGUUAGAUUGUAAAUUAGGCAGUAGCUCAGGCCUAUCACUUGGACCAGAGAUCACAUAUCCCAGCGUAGGCAGUAAACUUCAGAACUACAAAAAUAUUGAUAUAAUUAUUCCAAAUGAAGCAAGUUUCAAAACCUAUUGAGCCAAUCGGAUUCUAAGAAUUUAAUUCAUAAGGAGAAAAGGGUAUUUUGUAUCUUAGUAUUUCAGUAAUCAACAUAUGUGACAUUUCUUAAUAAGCCCUCAUAACCAAUCAUUCAAAUGUACAGAUAUGCCUCAUUUUAGCCAAUAAAUACAUUCCUCAUAUGUUGGGGAAAUUUCUGUCCACUCAAAUCAUUUUCUCACUGAUUUGUAUAAUACAAUUGGGAGAUGCUUUUCUGUAGAAAAAUGUUGCCACAAGACAUAAUAAAAACCACCCUUGUGCAUGCAGAGAACUUCUUUAUGUAAUAUAUUUAGAGAAAAAGAAUUUCCUGAGGUAAAGGCCCUCAAACAAAGCUACUAGCCAAAAUGAAGCCAUAAAAUGCAAUUAUUACAUGGAAAUCUCAAAUGCCAUAUCACAAAUUGUAUUCUUUUAGGGAAAAAUUCAGCAAGAGAAAGCUGUCAGUUUACAUUCCUUGGCCCUUUACAAUUCAGUCAUUAACUCCUGUGGUAAAGGUAAUUGUUGACUUUUAAGAACUAAACGUUUUUGAGACUUGAAAGGUUUUUUUUUUUUUUUCCGUUGUUGUUUUAGCAUGGAUGGAUAGUGGCUGUUAAUGACUGUCAAACUAUUUAGUAUUCUUGGAAGUUUGGUAUGGAAAGUACUGGCAUAACUUUCUGCAAAAUGGGCUAUUAAGUACCUAUUAAAGGUUCUUCUCUUAUGUUUUAUUUCCUUGAGUGUGAAUUCCACAUGUAGCAAAUUAAAUUUUCUUCAAUUUGAACACAAUUAUAAUAGCCCCUUCCUAACAGAAAUGCCUCAAGGAAUAAGUAGAUGUUAUAUAAUGAAAUGGAGUGGAGAAAAGUCCCAAAUGAAAAUUUUAAAAUUUAAGAACUGCCUAGACUCUGUAGAUUCUAAAUUUUGUUCUUAAUAAUGUUCUGUAAUGACUGCACAGUAACCAGCAUGUAUUAAGUAGAAAAAGAAAACAGCAUAAGGAGUGUUGUACUUUACCUGAAGCAGUGAACUUUUUUAUUUCUAUAAUUUCUAUUUCAAGUUAAUUUUUUCAAAUUGGUUACAUCUUAUAGUAAUAAUAAAUUCAAUUUGUUAUUUCAUGUUAAUUCUAGUCAUUUUUAUUCAUAAUAGGUUAUAAAACUUGAAGGUGUGUUUAGUAUAGUAUUCUGCACUUAAAAGAGCUUCCAAUCCCCCUAUUAUCUUACCGAAAGACAUAUAAUAAUGGAUAAAGUCUUAUUAGAAGAACAGAACUUUGGAUCUUUGUUGAGAGUCCUGAGCAUAAACAAAUGUAUACAUAACUACAUUCAGGGGUAGCGAAGUGGGUGGCAUGUUCAGCUUUAGUGUGUAUUUAAGUAUAUUUAACCUUUAAUCUAAGGUGCUAAUCAUUUAUUCUUACCACAUCCCUGGGAAAAGUCCAAAUACUGCUUGAUGACAUUGUUAUACUACUAGGGGAACAAAUAGAGAAAGGCUGUUACACAAAUCAUCUAUUGAUAGAUUUUACUCUGGGAAAUAGAUCUUUUUUUCCACAUGGCUAAUAAAAGUACAGAAACAUCCUAAUAGUUGGUGACAAUCAAAUAGUUGUGAUAUAUAAAAUAUGUACAUUAAACCUUCAUCUGGAAUAUGUUUCCAAGAAUGUAUUAAGUUUAUACCUUUUAAAAAAUCGCUUUUGAUUGAAAAUUUCCAAAAUUCUCACUUCCUUCUAUUCAGGAUCAUUGUGUCAGUUACUGUGUAGUGAUGUUUCCAGAUGUACAAAGCCAUUGUUAGCCCCUAUUAUAAAUGGCUAAAAAACACCUUCCCUUUUAGAGCCUGUAUUAUCUGGGCUCAAUUUUGAGCAGAGGUAUUUCCCUCCUAAUUUUUCUUGGUUCUUAGUAAUCAAGAAGCUGAGUAGAGGAAAGGUCUAGUUUUCUCUUGCAUCUACCUAAAAUUCCACACUUUCAAGAAUGAAGACUAAACAUGUUUCAGAAAAUACCAUUAUAAGACAAAAACCCCAAUAGGACUUGGACUUGGGAGUCAGAUAACUUGAGCUUGAAUCUCGGCUCUGCUUACUUUGUGCAAGUCAAUCUCUGGCCCUCAGUUCACUAAUCUGUAAAUGAUAAAAUGAAAGAGUAGGACUAGAUGGGCCCUUCCAAGUCUAAAUCUGUGACAGAUUGAUUUUUAGUUAUAGAGAUGCAUUUCAUUAUUUUUAAUUAUAUGUUUGAUUAGAAUAUUCUUCAAACUGUCCAGAUAUUAAUCACAUCCUUAAGACAGAAAACUUUAAGUCAUUAUCUUCCCAACUAUAUAUCUGUUCAGAUACUGCUAGGUAAAUUUUUUGCAGCAUAUCUUUAAAACACUAAGUAUUAGUAGAAGCCACACAUUUAAAUGCCAUUGCAAUGCAUCAUAAAAACUUGUGACUUUACCUCGCUUUCUUUAGUUAUAAAAAUGUUAUGAAUGGCAUAAAAAUUAAUGCAUCAGUGCUUUCUUGGGAGAUUUCCAAAGGGAUUGUAAGAUAGUUGGAAAAGUCAGUUUUGUUUUACUUCUGUUUGUACAAGGCAGCUAUAAAUAAAAAAUAAUCUGAAGGCUGAAAAUUUAAUCCAAGUAUUACAUAUUCAAUAGUAUAUAAAUAUUAAUCUAGUCACAAUUGCCUCUAAGAAGGCAGGCAGAAAGUGUAAUUUUUAAAAAUUCAGAUUCCAUAAUUGAUUUUUUAAAUUCUUUAUUAGUAUCAAUACUCAGUAUUGGUUCUAAGGCAGAAGAAUAGUAAGGGCUAGGCAGUUGACUUGCCCAACUGGGAGGUGUCUUGAGGUUAAAUCUGAACCCAGGACUUCUUGUCUCCAGGCCUGGCUCCACACCUAAUUGUCUCUUAUUUUAAACUGUCAUUUUAAUGGCAAAAAAUUGCAUUAGACUUAUAAUUUGCUUUCCCUUUUUAUUUAUAUAAUUAUUUAUCAAUCUAUUUAUCUAUUUAUUUGUCCUACAAAAGUUCAACCCUUCUUAGGGAGCCUGUGGUCCUCUUACUGCAGAGGGCCAGGCUUAGUGUGGAUACCAGAUCAACUUAGCCCAGUCCAAAUUACAUCUACAGAUUAUGCUUACUGAUAAUUCUUAUUUACUUUUUGAGCUCAUAAUGACUCUCAGUGCUUUAAAAAAAAAAAAACAAAGCCAAAUCCUUAUCAGAUAUCAGAUUCUGCAAAAUAACAAUUCAAAAAAACAGCACAUAUAAGUUAGUAAAUCUUUUGUGAAACUUAGGAUUUGCAAAGUUUACUAGAAAAAAUCAGAUUUGGUAAUUAAAAUGGCACUUAAGGUUUCAAUGAACAGAUUUUAUAUAGAAUUAAGCUUUAUUACAACUGGAAAAUAUGAAGUAUUUAUGUUACAAGUUAGGAAAUAGCUAGAAGGCAAGGCCUAGUGAUGGAUUUUGCCAUGUUCAUAUUUAUAGAAUGGAAAUAAAAGGUAACUGAAUAUAGGUUAAAUUCUACCUCAUAACAUUAAUUCUACCUCAUUCUUCACUGAAAUGAAGCAUGGAUUUUUAGUUUAACCCAAGCAUGCACUUUUACCCCAGAAGAAACCAGUAUGCUAUUAGAAAUAGUUUAGUGAUGUAUACAUGUAGUACUUCUAGUUGAUUUUCUGACCAUUUAAAUCAUUCUUUGGAUUGUGUGAUCCACCUUUUUGAAUAAUUCACAUUUCCAUAGCACUUUUAGGCUUACAAAACACUUCACAAGACUGAGUUGGGUAGUUCAAGUAUUAUUUCCACAUUACAGAUAAAGAAACAGAUCUGAAGAGGAUAAGGAACUUGCUCAGGGUUAUGCUUUUAGAGACUGAGUACCCAAACUGCAACCUUCAUGCCACUUGUUAGCCACCCCUUACCCCAGACAGGGGAGGGAGGAAGUGCUCCUAUUGAGUUGCUGGGCAGAGGGGCUGGACAUGUGAGAAUAAUCCUGUGGAGAGAGGGAGGGGAGCAUCCCCUCCCUGGCACACGUGCCAUAGGUUCACCAGCACUGCUCUAGGGAUAUAGGUCACAGACAGGCAUAGUUUUCUAACUCAUUCAAAAAGGUUGUGGCUGUAUUUGUAUAUAUUAAAGUGAAAUUUUUAUAUUUAUUUUCAGUAAACAUGAUAGGCAGCUAGGAAGCACAGGGAAUGGAAGUGCUGGGCCUAGAGUCAGGAAGACUCAUCUUCCCAAGUUCAAAUCUGCCCUCAGACAUUUAACUAGCUUUGUGACUCUGGGCAAGGCACUUAAUCCUGUCUGUGUGAGCCGGGGAUAGAAAUAAAUGUCAAAGCAUUCCAGUAUCUCUGCCAAGAAAACUUCAAAUGGGGUUACAAGAGUUGGACCAACUGAAAUAAUUGAAGAACAACAAAACAUAAUUUGAUUGGACUCUAACCACAUUACAAAAAAGUUUGGAACUCCAUUGUGGAAUAUGGUUAAGGACAAAGCAGAGUUGGUUUUAUUUUGUUUUAAAUAGCACUUAAGACUUUAUUUUUCAUUAGGUUGGUUUUUUUUUGUUUGUUUUUGGUGGAGGAGGGUAGUGGCAGUUCUGGAGAAGAUUAGAGAAUGGUUAAUGGAGUGGAAGUUCAUGUGCCCUUAAAGCUAUGACUUUAUUAGAUUUGAAAAGAAAGUUGAAUUUAAUGUCUGUAUAGGUUGAAGUCUCCUGGGAUAUCUAUGCUAAGAAUAAUUUGCCACACAUCAACAACAAAGGGAAUCUAGACCCUAGCAAUUAAAAUAUUAAUUGGCUAGAAAAGAAUGGCUAUAAAAAUUAAGUGAGCAAGCCGAAAAUGACAACCCUACAAUUGUUUUCAUAAGUUAAUGCUGGUUUGGGCACAGCUAACAUAAGAGAAAAUUAUCCCCAAUUGCUUUUUGUUGCUACUCUGAGACAAAGGAUUGAGAUUGUAUUUCUGAUAUGAUAAGUUUAACACAAGAGCCAUUAAGCUACUGAAUGAUUAACAAGUUGUUAUGGCCUAUAUGUCUUUGAAUAUAAAAUACUCUGUGAAGUUGUCACUUAAAAUCCUUAAGUAUUGCUACCAUGAAAAACGAUCUUGAACCUAAAUAAUGCUUUAGUCUUAAAGCUAAAGUGGUUUAAAUUACUACAGUUUAAAGAAAAAGAAUUUAAAAUUAUAUCAGAACAUUAAAGAAAAAAACAUCAGGACUUCUUGUCAUGAACUGCAAUUAGUUAACAUACCAAAAUUAUUCUCUAUCCCAUUAGUACUUUAAUUGGGGUAGAUAUAAAUGCAUGGGUUUAAAAAAAUUGUGGUUCUCGAUAUGUUCUGACUACAUGGUAUUGGUUCCUAAGCAACAUGAAGGUUUGCAUAAUGAAGAUUAAGUAAAAGAUAUAACUAUAUUUUUAAAAGCUAAAAUUUGUCAAAAUAGUUCAUCAGAGUGUUUCAUUAGCACAGCUUAUUGCCUGAGACAUUGCUAGCCCGAUGGAUUGGAGAGGUGUCUCUUCUUAGACAGCUUGGAAGUCAUAGGUAAUCUUGAUUGCCUCUAAAAACCUUUGGAACAGGGAGGGAAAUGGCAGAUCUCUUUACCUUGUGGAAUGUGUGAUGGUCUGGACAAAGUUUAUCCCUGGCAUCUUCCCUACUCAGGAAAUGAAAGAGGUGCCUCACGCUCCAGGCAGACACUCAAAAAGGGGGUUAUGGAGUCAUAUUUCCUUUUGGCUCUGCACUCCACCCCACCCACCCUGUGAAGACAGGGAAAAAACACUCACUGGCCCUGGAAUCAAAGGACCCGAGUUUGAAUUCCAUCUCUGAUGUGACUGUGGCCAAGUCCCCCUAAUCUUGCUCAGCCUCAGUUUCUUCCUUUAUAAAAGCAGGGGAUUGGACUAGAUGGUACCUAAGCUCCCUUCUAGAUCUAGUUCUGUAAUCCCCGUGGGGUCUGAGGGAGAUUUGAGAGGCCAGCAUCCAUGCUGUAGGUUUUAAUCAGUCAUCCUUAGGCUUGAGAUGAAUAGUGUUCUUUCACAGGAUUUUUGAAAUUGGUCAGACAUUAAAUUGGGACCGAGGGACAGACAGUCUCCUUGAGUUUUGUUCUUCUAAAGCUCACUAGAACACUCUCUGAUUCCAGCUAUCUUCUGUAUCUUGAAGAGUCUUGGUGUCUUCCCAUCUUAUUGUCUCCACAAAUUUAAACGCCCUCAUCCUGGUGAUUGCAGUCUCUUAAUUCAGAUCGACCCAUUGGUGUUUGUUGUUGGAGGAGCAGACCCAAAGCCUUGCCAAUUUGACAGGACCUAGCGGAGUCUCACGCUUUCUUGGUUCUGACUUUAGAGCAUGAGGUCCUUCCACACCACUCAUUUGGUCAGAUUUCUCUUGUGCCUCUUUGGACCUCGGGGUCGGGGAUCUUCAACUUCCAGUUCGUCAGAACUUGGUCGUACCUGUUAAGUCAGGUCGAUAUGAACGCGAUUCCUCACGUUAAAAUUUCCGUUUUCAACAAUGUGUUCAUCUGCUCUCAUAAUGGCACUUUAUCAAAGCAGAGUGUAUUUCCUUAUUGUUGGCUAUAUGCUUUUCUCAGAUUUCUAUUCAUUCCCUGCCUCAGCUUGACGAGUGAGGCCUCGUUUUAAUUAACUUUCUCUCGGGUCUGAAGGGUUCCUCGGUCACUGCCCAUCUUCAUUUCUGGUUGGAGCUACAAGUUAAAAAACAAAAGCCAACAGCCAGAGAAGCAGAGGUGCCGACCUUCACCUGGAAAAUGUCCAGUAUUCGGCUUUGGGGCGGGAGCAAGAGGGAGAACAGGCGUCCAGCUUUUGUAAGUCAGUCAGCCUCGCCACAUGCUAAAACUGCAGACUAGAUCAUCUCAUCUGCAGUAAACAGCGAUCUAAAUCUCCGCUCUUCGUAUUAAGUUAGAAUGAUUUCCAGGGCAUUGAAAACGCCUUUAAAACCCUCGCUACGUAUGCUCUCCAUCAGAGCGCUGUCGGUCGGCUCUCACCACGUUUUCAGAGGAUAAGAAUGGGGGCUAAGCGAGGAAGGCUGUAAAUGACGUUCGAAAGCCUACUUGUCUGGUUCUUGCUUGUUACCUAAGAAAACAGCAAAACACCUUCAUUCUCAGUGAAAUCCCUGCCAAUGAACCGGUUCAUCCAUUACUACGUCAGCCCAAAUCAACUAGAAGCGUUUGUUUCUGCAUUCUCUAGCACAGGCAGAAGCGGGGAGGAUACAGCGUCCUCUUUGUCACAAAAGGGUCUAGUGCUGAAACAGAACGUCCCAAUACGCCAUCUGCCUUUUACGGAGAUGCUUUGCCCACAAACUAAGAGGACGGGUGCUGACUGACUUCGCUUUAAAGUGGAACAUGCUUCCUUUAGAGAAGUAACUCCCCUAAGCUUGAAGAUACACCCAGAGGAGUGGGCAUAGAUAGGCCUGAGGGGAGGAGAGAGUUCGCCCGUUCUACUUUGGAACGGCUCAGUAGCUUUGGACUUGAUUUCUUCCGACUCUUUCUUAUGGUUGCUCCUCUGCAGGGUUCUGCCCCACGGGGACCAAACGCGUGCUGAUCUUUCCCUACUUGAAACUGUCCACCGCUCCUCUCCCCCAUCUUCUCUUUUCCCAGCAUCUCCAGCAAUACUCUUCGGAUAUUAUUGAAUGGUGCAGCAUCCUAAUUUCCCUCCUCUGGAUACCCUUCAGAUGGUCCGUGUCCUAACAUUGCUUAGAACUGGACUCCAGUAGCAUUCUCGUCUUCCUCACUGAAGACACGUGUCUAUAAACUCCAUUUAGGUUGCAUUCGAGCUUUGUUUGUGAUUCCACAUCACGUUACGUGCUGCUCCAAUUAGGCUUGCAGUCAAUAAACUCUAAUUUUUUUCACGUGAACUGGUGGUGUCUGGCCAGCUUCCCCGAUUUGUGCAGGUGAUAAAAACCAAUAGUGUAGCCUUUGCUUGGAUGGCUCAAUAAUCGCAUCACUGUGGGUGUUCCUUUUUCACGAUGCAAAUCCCAGCUUGUCUCUGCCUGCGUAUUCUCCGGGACUGGCCCAUCUUCUGCAUUUGGGCCUUCCGCUUGACAGUGUCAGCGGCUGUCUUUGCUCUUGCUACAUGACAGGCCUAUUUUUCCUUGCCAUGUAUUUGUCCAAUAACAUCUCUUCUACCUCUGCACGAUUCAUUGUAGGUGUGUUGCCGCUUGCCACGCUUCCUGUGUUCCUCCUUGUGACUCUAUCGGUGACCUUCUUCAGAACUUGGUCAUACAGUGUCGCCAGGAGAACAUUGUUUACAAAAUCGGGCCCGAGUCACUGAGCGAAGCGUCUUGCCGUUUCUCAAAUACAGGCUAGCCUGCAUUGCUCUUGUUCAGCUACAGACCCAGCUCUAUCCAAUUGCAGCGCCUGACUAAGAUAGACCAGCUCUGUCUUAUCCAUCCAUCUGUACAAUCAUCCUGGAUCCAUUUGGUUUUUUCUUGCCUUUAAAAAAGGGGCAUUUUCCUGUACUGACUCAAAUGCUUUUUAUAAUCAAUAAACAGUAAGCGCAA